AAAAUCCACUCCCUCAUUUCAACUUCAACUUCACAAAACACCAAAACUGAGAAAACCCAAAAGAAAAAAGAGAAAAAAAAACUAAUACUAGCAAUCAUUUACAAAUACAGGCCCACUUUACUCCCCUUCACAUAAUUCUCCCCAUCCCGGUAAUAACGACCUCGUCGGAGGGAUAAAUAUCCCGGCGACUUAUUCUUCACGUUUCCUAUAAGAAGCACUGACUAUGGAAACACGCAUUUCAUUCUUGUUCAGCUACGCCAACUACCCCGAAGAUUAGAAGGAAGAAAAAGGUAUCAAAUUUUGGGAAUUUCAUCUUUUUCUAUCACAAUUGAAAACGUAAUAGUGAUAAUGGUGAACGGAUUAUGCGCGAUUGUGUUAACUUGUUUCGCUGUGUGAAAGGAAAAGGUGAACAGUAGGUGUGAAUGAAUCAUGAAUACGAUGAAGUCGAGAUUUUUUUUGGUCAAAGCAUUGAUUUCUGUGAAUUUUCAUGAAUUUCUGUGAUUAAGGAUUUAGGCAUUUAAAGGAUUCUGAUCUUGACACGCAAAGCGAGUAGGUUUUUAAAGUACUGAGAAUUGAGCAGAAACUGACAGAAGAGUAUAAUUAGGCUGUAAGGAAAGAGUUCAGUAGAAACAAGUACCUGUUUUGGUUAAUAGCUGGACAUGCCUUUUCCGAUGAAGGUUCAGCCGAUCAAUUCUUCAACAUAUAGAGAAUCAGUCAAAAAUGAUAUAGUUAAGCCGCCUGUGUUGAAAUCACGACUGAAAAGGUUUUUUGAUCGACCGUUCCCUAGCGUUUUACGGAUUUCAUCUGCAGCUGAGAAGCCGAGUGCCGCCGGCGCUGCUAAUGAUGGAGCACUCGCCACUGAGUUCGAGCCGAGUUCGGUUUGUUUGGACAAAAUGGUUGAGAAUUUCAUCGAAGAGAACAAUGAAAAGCCAUCCGCUGCCAAAUUCGGCCGUAAAUGCAAUUGCUUUAACGGAAACAGCAAUGAUAGCUCCGAUGAUGAGUUUGAUUUCUCUACUGGAUUUUCUGACUCAGUUACAAACUCUUCGUUUGGGGAUUCUUCCGAUACUCUCAAGAGCUUAAUUCCCUGUGCAAGUGUUGCUGAGAGGAAUCUGUUAGCUGACACUUCAAAAAUCGUUGAAAAGCACAAAUCUUGCAAGCGUAAGGACGAUUUGAGAAAAAUCGUCACCGAUGAACUUUUAGCUCUUGGCUAUAAAGCUUCUACCUGCAAAUCCAGAUGGGAAAAAACUUCCUCUGUUCCUGCUGGUGAGUAUGAGUACGUUGAUGUGACUGUGGAAGGAGAAAGAGUGAUGAUCGACCUAGAUUUCAGAUCGGAAUUUGAAAUAGCGCGAUCGACGGGGAGUUACAAAGCGGUUCUGCAAUUGCUCCCGUUUAUCUUCGUCGGAAAAGCGGAUAGGAUUCAGCAGAUAGUGUCAAUCGUCUCGGAAGCAGCUCGGCAGAGCUUGAAGAAGAAAGGCAUGCACAUUGCUCCAUGGCGCAAACCGGAGUAUAUGAAAGCCAAAUGGCUCAGUCCCUACACUAGAAUUACACCUGCUCCACGCGCCGCGGCAGCGGAGGAGUCUGAUGCCGUGGCUGAGAGCAAAGAGGCUCCAUCGGAAAGUAAGUCCGGCGAGUUAAACUUGAUUUUUGGUGACAAAUCGUCGCCGUUAGAUUCCGUUAGCGAUGAGAUGAAGUCGCCAUCGUUGAACUCGUCGCCGUCGGAGAAAACUUCCGGCGAGGAAGUGAAGCCAUUGCAGGAUCCGGUGAUGAUGAUGUGGCAACCUCCGGCUGUCAAGCCGAAGAGUUGCGAUAGAGGAAGCAAAGUUGUAGUCACCGGAUUGGCUUCCCUUCUCAGGGAAAAACCCUAAAAAUUUUGUAUUCUUUUUGUGUUAUUAUAACAUUUUGAAUUCUUGCUUUUUUUUUUUUCUAGCAAGUACAAAUAUAAGUAUAUGAAGAUAUAAUAUUGGAGUUUUAGAAAAGGUGAUCGGAAACUCUUUUUUCAUUUUCCGUUUCCGUUCCUUCUUCUUUUUAUCUUUUUUUUUUUCUUUUAACCGAUCUUGCUGUAAUAAAUUGUACAAAGAAUAAGAACACAAAAUUAUAAAUAUUCUUAUCUUCUGUUAUUAUA